CUUAUUUACCUGAAAUUUACCCUGCCCUGACAAAUGAUUGUGAACAGUAUAAGAGAACACGGGGUUUCAUAAACAGCACCAUGACGCCCGGAGAAAGGCAGUUUCCAAUUGCCUUCAGUAUUCUGGUGUAUAAACAUGCAGAACAAGUGGAGAGGCUGCUGCGAGCAGUAUGGCGACCCCAUAACGUAUACUGUAUACAUGUAGACUCGAAAUCUAGUAACAUGUUCAAAGCUGCAAUAAACUCAAUAAGAAAAUGCUUUGACAAUAUCUUAUUUCCCCCUAAGCAAGUCAGUGUCCGGUGGGGAACAUAUACAGUGCUGGAACCAGAGCUACUUUGUAUGGAAGCUUUGUGGAAACAUAAAACUCUUUGGAAAUAUUUCAUCAACCUAACAGGCCAGGAAUUUCCAUUGAAAACUAACUAUGAAUUAUACAGGGCACUGGAAGCUUAUAAUGGCACCAACGAUAUCAACGGAGGUUAUAAAGGGGCUAAUCUUGAGAGAUGGAAGGGCCGUGGAGACCCUCCGCACAAAAUCCGACCACGAAAAGGGGGCGUUCACAUCGCUGCCACCCGAGGGUAUGUCGACUACCUACUCCACAACAAUGUGUCACGUGACUUAUUGGAGUGGGUCAAGAAGACAAGUGUCCCUGAUGAAACCUACUUCGCCACCCUAAACUACAACCCACACCUCAAAGUCCCGGGGUCUUAUAAAGGAGAUGUGGACGAUGGGCUCCACCACGCGAUGGUCCGCUACAAGAUCUGGGGCGAACGUACUAAAUGUUCCGGGAAGUUUACUCGCAACAUAUGUAUCUUUUCUGUAGGGGACCUAGUGCGAAUGACGUCCUCUCCCUUCUUAUUUGCAAAUAAAUUCUUCUACGACUAUCACCACCUUGCUUACGACUGCCUUGAGGCCUGGCAUCAGAACAAGGUCGCACAAGAGCUGCAAAGACGUCUUGACUUCAACACAACAGUCUAAAGCAACAGAUGGGUGGUCAAACAUCACUUCUAGACAAUUGCUAGAAUGGUUGAAAGCUGUUAACCUGAGGUACUUGGCAACAGAAAGGAAGUACUUUGGUGUCAUUACAAUCUGACAAUGAUAAACACGUGAUUCUUAUUUUGUCGUCAAUGCACUAUGGACAAAGUGUCAAGCAAAACGUUUCUUAUGAUUAUAAAACAAUUGCAAAUGUUUUGAAGGUUUUGUGAAUGUAGACUGUAUACCUCUUAUUCAAAUUUGGAUUGAUUUCAAAGGUCGCUCCAUAUUAUAAUAAGAGUUAUCUCAUCUACAGUGCGACCCCAUAUACAUCAACACAGGAGGUGAAUCUAAUCUAUGUAUCAGUAAAUGUAUUGCCGGGUACGGAGGAUGCAGUUGCGUGCUGCGUGUGAGGUGUACGUAUGACGCUGAACAUCGUGAAGAAGAGCAGCUAACCGAGUUGAUUUUUAUUUCGCUCUGGGGAAACAAUAAGAGAGACGUGGAAGGAGGACAAACAUAAUUUUGUGUGGAAUUUUAUUGGAAAGUGAAUCUUAAGACUCAUGUGAACAUACGACUUUAGAAACACAAACUGGUGCCAGGUCGACUAAUUAUAUGAAACCAUUAUGUCCUAGGGAGAUUGCACGUACACAGAAUUGGUAAAGGGUCUCUGAUAAACCCUGCCCUGUAAUAGCAAAACUAAUGCACAGUAAGGAUAAGAUGAAGGUGAUAAGUUUGAGAGAAACCUUAAAACCAAAGGUUGUGCGAUAACCAACAACCUAAUAUAGAAAAAAAAAGUCAAGAAAUCAAGAAGUGCCAAUCUAUGGAUCCAUCUCAAGGUGAAAAGACCAUCUGAACAUAUAUUUUUUCUAAAACUAGGAAACUGUCGUAUGCUCCUAAAGGUGUUAUGCGCGUUUCACUCACUGCUGCAUCUACUUGUGGUGACUUUACGUGCGUUUCACUCCUCCAAGUUUGAGAUGUGUUUUAUUUUUCAACGAGACAAAAAUAAGGACACAUCCUUAGUUGAUAUAUCAUUAGAACCCUUAUUUAAAGUUUCUAUAAAGGGCUUUGGCGACUUUGUUUUUAACAAUAUAUUUUAACAAUAUUGACGAAAGUAUAAACAUUAUCACAGAAGCUCAUAUUUUGCUCGGGAAAGCACGAGAAAGGGAAGUAAAAUCCUUUAGCAAUGGGUUGGAUGGGAAUGGGAAACUUUACUAAACUAUUCACACACAAUGAUGGUCUUCUGUUGACUUGAAACAACAAAAGCCAAUGCUCCUUAGUCGGAGGUAUCUGUUAACAACCAUGUUGAUCCUCUGGAUUUGAAUAGUAAUAUCCCCGCUUCCAUUUUCAAUCCUUUGACCGCCACCGUGAAGUCGAUCGUCAUCCCACUGUUGGUAGGCCCUCAUGCCUUGACUUUAUAUCUGAUCAGGUACACCCUCGA